AGUACCCAUCAUGAGACGGAAUGUUUGUGUCUUAGCGCUUCACUCCUGUCGUAUUCGCAUCCCUGAUGUCUGAGUGCCAAAUCUUGAGCCCUGCCCCCCCGAUUGCCGACCAAUAGAUCAGGGACCGUGACACACCGACUGUGUGCAUAAGUUCUGAGCACGACACCCCCGAGUUGAACACCGUGCAAUCCAUUCUGUGCCACUCUAAGAUUUCACGUUGAUCGCCAUCUCCACCUCCUUUGUUUUCAGUAGCGCUUCAAGCUUCCCCCCAAACCACCAUGGAUGCCGCUACAAUCUACCAGGCUGUCAACACCAAGUAUUCCGAGGUCGCCUCUCACGCCGAAGAGGUUCGAGCCCAGGCGUCCAAGAGCACUCGCAUCGCAGCAUCGUUCGGCUAUUCGGCCGAGGAUCUGGCCUCCCUCCCCACGGGAACGAACCUUGGCCUCUCGUGCGGGAACCCAUUGGCGACUGCCAACCUCCAGCCUGCUGAGAACAUGGUUGACCUCGGAUCCGGAGGUGGCCUUGACUGCCUCAUUGCGGCGAAGCAAAUGUUGACCGGAAGUCCCUCGCCGAGUGGAAAAAUAUACGGCGUCGACAGAAGUGAAGCGAUGAUUGCGUUGGCCACGAAGAACGCAGCCAAAGCCAACCUGCCGGAGGGUCUCGUGGAGUUUAUCCAAGCACCAAUCUCGGACAUUCCCCUUCGAGAUUCCACCAUCGAUCUGGUGGUCAGCAACUGUGUCAUCAACCUGGUUCCGGAUGAGGACAAGCCCAUUGUGUUCAAAGAAAUCCACCGCCUCUUGAAGCCGGGCGGAAGAGUCGCAAUCAGUGACCUUCUCGCAAAGAAGCCCAUGCCAGAGCAUAUACGACGCGACGCUGCUUUGCUAGUCGGCUGCGUGGCGGGUGCUAGCCUGGUCGAGGAAUAUCGACGUUGGAUGGAGGAAGCGGGGUUUCAGAAGGACAGUAUUGCCUUCAUCAACACCGAGAAAGACUUGAACGUCUACCACGAUGUGGAUGGCACCGCACCUUGUUGUAUAGAGGACACCGAGUCAAAGAGCUGUUGCGACAAAAGCACAGACAGUGGCUGUUGCGUCGAGAAGAACGGCAGCAAGCCAUGCUGCACCACAAACGGUGAGCCUGGCAACAAGAUGGACUUCAAUGAAUGGGUGGCUUCAUAUCAGAUCUAUGCCAUUAAAUGAUCGGCAGCCACCUAAGAGAACUUUGCAGGCAGAGUGUGCGCUGCAGAAGGGGUGUUAGUCCAGUCAGCGAUCGAGAUCGAGGAAAGGUAUGAUGUAGCCGUGACCACCGUUGAAUAGUAAUAGCUUUGUAACAACCUCUUCAAGCCUUC